UGGUUGAUUGGGCGCAUAUUUGGAUGCUCCUUUUUGUCUGUUCCGAAUUCACUAUCAAAAAGGUUUUAUUUGAAAAGGAAGCUUUACAUUUGCAUUUGGAUUGCGUUAGAUUGGGCUGCAAGUGAAGAAAUGGAGGCCUCUAUUACGAGCACUGCUUCAGCGAGCAGAGGGCUUCCCAAAUUAAGUAUCAAUGGCUAUUCUUCAUCCGGAGGAUCCUUGAGACAAAGCAGCACAAGUAGAAAUGCUCUUUCAGCGUUUCGACCACCUGAGCUAAGACUAAGCUCAAGCCUACGCGUGCAUUUUAGUGCCAAGGGGAAUCUCUCUGACGGAAGAAACCAAGCAAAACCUUUUCUCUUCCUUUCACAUCUGGUAGCAUCAAUGGAAACUGUUGAGAAGUCAUAUAUAAUGAUCAAACCUGAUGGUGUGCAACGAGGACUUGUAGGGGAUAUAAUUUCUCGGUUUGAGCGUAAGGGAUUUGUUCUCAAGGGUCUAAAGCUUUUUCAAUGCCCCACAGAGCUAGCAGAGGAGCAUUACAAAGAUCUCAAGUCCAAGCCUUUCUUCCCAAAAUUGGUCAAGUACAUCACCUCUGGUCCAGUGGUCUGUAUGGCCUGGGAAGGUCCUGGUGUUGUAGCCUCUGCUCGUAAGCUUAUUGGUAUUACAAAUCCUUUGCAAGCUGAACCUGGAACUAUUAGAGGCGAUUUUGCAAUUCAAACUGGGAGGAAUGUUGUUCACGGGAGUGAUAGUGCAGAAAAUGGAGAACGUGAAAUAGGGCUGUGGUUUAAAGAAGGCGAACUUUGUGAGUGGACACAAGAUAUAACACCUUGGCUGAGGGAAUAAAUUUUCAAGCUAAGAUUCCUGCAAGAAAUUUUGUGCAAGUGGGAAUUUCACAUCUUUUUGCAGAAUUUUUAUCUUAUUCUUUGCCUUUUGGAGAAAAUGCAAUUCAAUUCAGUGUUUGGUAAUGCGUAUGGAAUUUCAUAGUCAAUGUACUAAAAUAUCUAUAAUCUCGAUUCUAGUAUUUAGGAAUUCUUAAUCAAUUUCAAUGAGAGUGCAUUAGUGUAUGCACAGCUAAUUUUCCUUUUUAUAAAGAUCAGUGAUAGAUAACGAUCACAGAGCUUUAUUGUGAAGAGGAUGGAGACUCAUGGUUCUCUAGAGUCUAAAUGCAUGCCACAAACAGGGAUUAACAUAUCUCUUGUUAUGUUACAUGCCUUUUUAAUUAAUGUUUUUGGAUGUCAAAUGUUAAGAUUCA